AUGAAUAUACAAAUGCUUGUUUAUCUUAUUUCCAAUGGAUUAUCAUUUGAUAAUUCGCAUUCUAAUCGUUAUUUCCCAUUACAUGCUGCAGCUCGAACAUCUUUGCCAGAACUAGUAAUGUAUGUAAUGGACAAUAGUCUGAUACCUGUUAAUCAGCCUGAUCUUACAAAUGAUAAUUCGACUGCUCUGCUUGAAUCAUCGAUCCACGGCUUCACGCGAGUUGUUGUAUGGCUUUUGGAGCACGGUGGGGACCCUCAUGUCCUAAGAAAAAGAGACCAAAUGACCCCUCUCCAUUUUGCCGCUCGAAAUGGGGAUCUGAAAAUGAUGAACGCUUUUAUUGAAUAUAAGGCAAAGCCAAUGCCUAUAUCAAAGAAAGGAAAAACUCCGCUACAUUAUGCUGCAGAACAAGGUAGUAAGGAUAUGCUUUUGAUUCUUACAAAGAAUAAGCCAAAUUUGAACGUAACUCCCGAAGGAAAAGAAACUCCAUUAGAUAUCGCUGUCCGAAAAAGUGACGGAAAUUUUGUUUCAGCACUUUUGGCUCGAGGAAUAGAUCCUAAUCCAGUUCACGACAAAAUUCUUCCUCCAUUAUAUGUUGCCGUCAAAGAAAAUAUGGAAGAUAUUGUAGCAAUGCUGAUAAUGGCAGGUGCAAAUGUAAAUUCCUAUGCAAGUGAUGGUAAAAAACUGAGAACUCCUUUGCAUGCUGCUUGUUCUAAGGGUCUUGUUGAUCUUACAAGAUUCCUAAUAGAAAAUGGAGCAGAUAAAGAUGCAAAAGAUAGUGAUGGAAAGAAACCGAAUGAAAUCACAAAAAAGAAAGAAAUUAAACAACUGUUUAUAUAG